UAAUUUGAUUGACAUACGAUUUCCCUGACAUUAUUUAUUUCUGAUUUUGAUUUUAUUUAAUUAAGUUUUAAAUUAUAAUGAUUUAAUCAGGAAGUCUUCUCAUCUUUAACCAAUUGUAUAAUACCUGUCUAUUUGCCUUGAAAAUCUGAGAUGUAACUUGUGAAGAUGAGACGGUUAAUUGUAGGCUACAAAUUGUAAGGUUUGUAAUAUCAGGUUAAAGAACCCAUUUCAAUCGUCUGGUGUUAUUCAUUUUAAAAAGAGCGGCAAUUUGGUUCUCCAUUCAACUUAAAGAUUCAUUGGUAUCUAAAUAAGAUGAAAUAUACCUUUGUCACCAAAUAAAUGGAUGAAUGUAAAAAUGAGGAACCAAAUUUGAACCCGAUUUGAAAGCAGCCAACAUUAGAUUUGCUAUUUUUAGGUUUCUUCAAAGGGGAACAUUUUAUUUUAAAGAUUUUAACUUUUCUAGUGACUCUACUUUUUGGUCUUGAUUUAUUUUUGUACAGAUCAUUCAAAUGAACUAUCAUCUCGGUGCUACUCAUGUUUCAUCUAAUGGGGAAUCAAUCAAAUAAAUACACAAAUAAGUGUUCAUUAUAAAACAAUCUAUUCAUUUUAUUGACUUACCCAAAACUCACACAUGAAAUCACUUGAAUAACUAACUGUAUUGUACUGUAAUCUCUUAAAGAUUUAUGACUGUUCCUUCAUGCGGUUGAAAUAUAUCAACAUUGGUUAAUUUAGUUGGUAGUUGGAGAUCGAUCUACAAAUCAGCUGAAAGAUCAAACAAUAAGCUAAAUCUGUAAAUCUGAAGUAACCUUGGAAAGAAAUAUCUGAAAGGCUGGACCGAGAUAUUCAAAUGAAUCGCCUGGACCAUAGAUCAUGGCGAAUCACGAUCAAAGUUGAAAUACAAGUAUAACUUGUAGAUAAUUAUUUCUAAGGACAACCUGUAAACAAUCAGAGAGAAAGUUUGAUUGAGAAGGAAGGUUUUUUGCGUUCAAUAUGUACACCUGAGGUACAUUCUUAUCUUCUAGCGUGGUAUCAGUUUCUGUUCAAGUAUCACCUUGAAAAAAGAGUUGCUGUUACCCUCUAAGCUUAAUAAAUUUAGCAACCGCAGGAGCUUUUCAAGUCAUUGUGUAAUCAAACCUGUUGGACAACGACUUCCUUGGUAAAGCUUUGCCCAAUUGAUCUCCUUUAAUCAUUUCAGUCGUUUAACUCUGAUCUGAAAAUCAUGUGUUCAACUCAUGUGCAGAGUUAUCCUGUUCACGAGCCUCUAAUUUCCCCAUGAAACUCUCUAAUUUCAAUUCAAGAUGAGCUAAAAACUGAGACAAAUAAGAGCGGGAGAAAAUAAAAUGAUAUGAGCUGAAGUUAUCAAAUUGGCUCAUAUUUUUACAGCUGUUGGUUUCUUUUCAAAAUUAGAUUGAAAUCUUUCAAGCUAGUUCAAAUUAACUGGUUUAAAUUGGUUCCAAUUGUCAAUCCAAUGGCAAGGAUUUGAAAACAUGUCAUUAAACAGGGAAAACAACAACAAUAAUCAUUCAUUGCCUUAGAUUCCUGUUAGAAAAUCUCUGAUCAAUUGCAUAUCUCUUAAUGGUCUUUUAUAUUUGUCUCAUUAUAAUGUUGUUUGCCCUGUUGUUUACCCUUUAGCAGGUUACCCUUUAGCAGGUUAAAAUUCAAGUACAUUUAGCACCAUGUUAGCCCUGAGACUGGUAAAUGUCUGCUUUCUCUUUUGGUUUCUGGUAUUAGAUACCUUUCCACAAUCAAAUAGAAGUCAAAUUUCAUUUUUAUUACCAUUAAUCGUAUUGCUUUCAAUACAAACAUCUCCAUGUGAUUAUUGUAAAUCCUUAACAACACGGAACCGGAUCGGAUGGAAACAAAAAUUUCCUUUGUUAUUGUAACCUUAUAAAAUUGCUUCAGUUGGAUGAGAAAAAGAAAGUCUUCUCUUAAAACUAGAAUGAAUCAUGAAUAGAACGUUCUGGCAAUGAUUUCAACAACAGCCCAUCUCCAUCAUCAUCAUCAUCUCUGGAUACUUGUAGUUACCGGUUAUUGUUUAACAUCAUCGUCAUAAUCCUUGGAAACACUUUACUUCAACUCUAAACUGGAAAUAUUCUUUAUCAUGGAAGAAAAAUUUUAUUCCAAGGAAAUGGAUUACAUGUUGCUGAAUUAUAAUGUGAUGACCAAUUAAUUUAAAUUUAAUCACUGUCAAUAUUUUGUUGGAUUUAUCUUCUAUUACCAAUAUUUUAAAACAACACCAGUAUCAGCUGUUUACCGGUUGGUAGCUAUUUUCUGGUAACCAAUCAAGUGACAAUCAACCCGAAUUACUCAUCAUUUGGCUAAAGUUGAAACCGUUUCUUUCAAAGGAUUUUUCUCAUCAUAAUUUUGCCACUGAUCUAACCUCACAGUUAAUAAGAUUAUUUACAUUGGUUCCAACAUCUGGUUCUACACCGUUUUUCAACACCAGCUCUGGUUUUGUUUCGUUUCCUAGUUGAGGCUCCAUUGUUUUUUAUCCAAAGGAUCAUUAUUUUGAACGCCGGCCAUGGGUUAUGAUCCAUCACUGUUUGUCUCUAAGGUUGAUUCCGAACUAAAAUGUCCAAUCUGUCAAGGUGUUGUAGAGAAACCUGUUCAUGGAAUCAAUUGUAAUCACAUUUAUUGUUCAACUUGUGUCCGAUCUUGGCUUCGUCACUCUUUAACUUGUCCAUUGGAUCGAUUACCAUUAAAUGAAUCUCAGUUGCGACCUGGUCCACGUAUUAUUGUUUCAUUAUUGAAAAAUUUGGAAAUUAAGUGUACAAAUUAUAACCGGGGAUGCUGUUGGAUAAUGAAAUUGUGUGAAUUGGACCAACAUUUAACUUGGUGCGCUUUCAAGGCUCCAUCGAGCGAAAUAAAUAUUAGCAAUAGCAAUAGUAAUAAUGUCAAUAACUCUUCUAAUCUAGUUCCUAAUCCUGACAAUGAAAUACGCCAAUUGAGAAACAUUUGUGACAAACGAUCGGAACUUCAAGAAUUAAGAAACUUGGUUAAUCGUCUUACCUGUGAUAUGGAAAAUAUAACAGCCUCUGGUGAAAUAAUAACACAACAGGUAAAAGAGAUAAGUGAUAAAACUGAUUGUGUGAUUCGUUAUCUGCAAUAUGCUCAAAGUCAAAUGAUGAGAAUCUUUCUAUCUCGAGAGGAACAAGAACAACUUAUGUCUAACCUUAAAUUGGACAAUUCUCUGGUUAAUUGUACAGUUCUUAACCUAAGUGAGUUUAUGACUCCUGAAAUAUUAAUGGAAUACCUGAGACAGAACGGAAUGAAACCAAUUAAAUGUAUCAUGGGUCCUUAUCCUUUUAAUCGAUCACGAAAUUUUUGCGUCACCGUAAGAUUAUCUGAUUUGGAUAAAUUAUUAGAUCCUGAUUUGUGGCCCAUAGGAGCUGCUCUAACCAUUACAAAUGGUCGCAAUAAAUCACCUUUAAUCACUGGUAAACGAUCCAAAAAUAUGUCAACUCUAUGCCUUGAGUCGGGCAUAAAUGAAUAACUCUGGAUCUUUGACGACACUUUCGAAUCUUGGAAUGAAAUCAAAAUUAGAUUCAAUUUACUUGAUAAUUAAACAAAUUUUUUGUUUCAAAUCU